GACUUUGUGGAAAUCCCUUGCUUUUUACGGUUACGAGUCCUUUGUUGAUUCGAGGUCCAGCAGAGAAAUUGUGCUGUUGACAGCUGCUAGUACUUACAUUGAUGUUGUACAUUGAGUUUCUGCUCUGCUCUGAUGUCCGACGGGAGGUUCCGCACCAGCCUUUUUUGUAUAUUGUAAUCAUGGUAAUCAGAAUUACUGCAAUGGGGUCCCUUUUUUCCUUUCUUCUGUCAAUGAUUAAGUUUCGUUCAUAUAAGCUUACAUAACUCUCAGCUUCUUCCCUUUGAUGCUAGUAUGCGCCGCUGACCAUUU